AAAAGUUGAUUAAUUUUUCACCACUCAAUUCCAUUCUAGCAACUGAUAGGGUCUCUUUUGGUUUUGUCCAUUUCCCUUUUUUUUCUACUCAGAAAACCCCACCAAUUAUCUUACAUAGAUAGAGAGAGAAAGAAUUCCGUUUUUCUUACCCUUUGUUCUUCUCUCUCCCAAUAUUUUCCUAUUUUUCUCUUGCGUUUCUUCAUUAUCUUCUUAGUCAUAUUCUGAUCAGUCUGAAACUUUAUUGUCUUUGUUUUAAAGGUAUCAACUUUGACAUUGUCUUCUUGUUAAAUAUUCUUGUCAUCUUAUCAAUUAUGAUAAGGCUUUUACCUUUUUUUCCUUUUAUAACCAAUCCAUUAAUGCAGAUUUUAGUACCCCUUUUCCCAGAGAUCAUCAGAAGCUACCGAUCUCUCUUUCAUAAUAUUUUCUUAAAUAUAAGAAGGGGUACAAUUAACCUCGUAUUCUGAAUUACCCUUCAUUUUUAAUUCCUCGAUUUGGCUUCUUAAUUAUCCAUCCAGCUAAUUAUUUUCUGGGAAUGUUCUUCUUAUUUAUUCUUCCCAUAUUACUUGCAUCAACAUUCCCACGUACCGAAUUCAAAAUUUGAAGUUUAUAGGUUCCAAUAAUCUCAAAUUAAAAAAAAAAAAAAACUUUAUAUUUGCCCAAAGGAAAUCGAACCCCCCUCCAAAAGCAAGCCAACCUUAAGCAAGUUUCAAUAUUGCUUUGUUACUAGGUUUCCAACAGAUAGUUCUUAUAUAUUUAAUCAGUUUUUUAAUAUAAAUACAGGAUUUACGCUAAAGUUAAUGAGUUUCCGAGAAUCCGCACCGGUGACCCUAGGUCCACCCCAGCCCACAUAAACUACAAUUUGAUUCACUUCUUUCUUUCACCCACCAUUCAUUUUCUUCCAUUUGCAAUAAUGGGUUGUGCAACUUCAAAGCCAAAAGUAUGCCAAAAUUGUCAUACACCAUAUUCCCCUGUAAGGAGAAGUUACUCAAUGUACAUACCAAAAAAGAAAGAUAUUAAUGAGAGUGAACAACAACAUAUGGUGAGUCUAACAUCUUCAACAUUAGGAUCAUUGAAACUUGACUCAAUGAACUUGAGUCAAAGUCUCAGGGAUGAUCAUUUUGCAUUCGAAAUCGAUGACUACGACGCAACGAAAGAUGAGUUGUUGAUUGAGGCAAAAAAAUGGUCACAAAUGAUCAAUGAGAAAAUUCCAAAAGUGGUUAUUCCUAAAACACCAGUAAAAACACCACCAGGUGAGCCAGAAACUAUUAAUGUUUGGGAAUUAAUGGAAGGUCUUGAAGAUAUUACUCCUCUUAAACCUAAAGAAAAUGGCAAAGAUAUUAGUUUCUCUUUCACUGUUUCUCCUAAUACAAUAUCUUUUCUUGAUGAUCAGCCUAAAGAAAAUGGCGAUGACUCGCCUAAAAUGGCUGAUAAUGAGUCUAGUUUACAUUCAAAUAGCACGUCUAUAAUAUCUGAUUUUGAUCCUGAAGUGAUUUCCACAUUCAGAAAAGCACUCGAAGAUCUUCCACCAGCAAACCCUUUUCACUUAAAGCCAUUAAUUAUCGAAACCAUGCACAGACCGAAUGAUGAGGUAAAUGGAGAAGUACUGGAAGCUCGGUGCACAAAGUAUCCCGCAUUAGCUGGGUCCGGGGAAGGGCUACACCCCAAGGGAGGUGAAGUACUAAGAGAGUAUAAAUUGGUGUUGCCUCAUGAGAAGGACAAAUUAGUAAUUUACUUUACGAGCUUAAGAGGGGUGAGGAAAACAUAUGAGGAUUGUUGUCACGUUCGUGUGAUUCUAAAGGGACUAGGUGUUAAGGUUGAUGAGAGAGAUGUUUCAAUGCAUUCAGGAUUCAAGGAGGAGUUGAAAGAACUAAUGGGGAAAGAAUAUGCUGGAGGAGGAUUACCAAGGGUGUUUUUGGGAAAAACGUACAUUGGUGGGGCUGAUGAAAUACGGAGAAUGAACGAGGAUGGGAACCUCGAGAAGUUAGUAGAGAAUUGUGAACGGAUAGAGGAUGGUGGUGGUGGUGGUAGUGUUGUUGGAAAUUUAGCUUGUGAGGCCUGUGGAGAUAUUAGAUUUGUGCCGUGUGAGACAUGCUCGGGAAGUUGUAAAAUUUAUUAUGAAGCAGACAACGACGAAUUGGAAAUUGAGGAGGAAGAUGAAUAUGGCUUCCAACGAUGCCCGGAUUGUAAUGAGAAUGGACUUAUACGAUGUCCAAUUUGUUGUGAUUAAGGUUCACUAACAUUUUCCUGUUUCUUUCCUUCUUUUUUCUUUUCUUGGUUAAUUGUUUUGAUAAGAUAAUUGUUGUAUAGUAAAGAGUUUUUUAUUUGUGUUAGGAAUAUAAUGUAUUUGCAGUAUGAUAAACCAGCACCCUGUUUUCAAGCUCUAGAUUAUGUAAUACAAUCCCAAUCUUUUCUUGGUUAAUUGUUUUGAUAAGAUAA